AUGCUCUCCUUUCUCGCCAAACAUCCACCAAGGACCAAGAUCAGCCAUCUAGACAAAUUCAGUCUUGACGGCGGACGCUCUCUAGUCGAGUUCAAGCGGCCCGCCAGCCGCUAUCUUGUGAUCAACAGACUUCCCCCAGCCGCCUCAGACGCUGAAGCUCGACGCGAGGGGCUCAGCCAUAAUGGCGCCAACUCGUCGCUCGCCCCGCCUCUGCACAAACACUUUUGGCAGGAAGAGACUUUCCACGUCAUGAGCGGGACCGCAAGGUUCACACUCGGGACUAACAGGGCGGAGCGGCUGGCGGCAGCGGGCGAGGUGGUUGUCGUGCCCAGGCGCGAGAUCCAUACGUUCUGCAACGCAAGCGAGGAGACAGGCUUGGUGGUUGAGUUUGUACUGGAUCCUGUCUCGAGGGGUACGGAUGAAGCUUACUUUCGUAAUGUUUGGGGCUAUCGUGAUGACUGCAGGAAAGCCGGCAUACGCAGAAGCUUCUUCCAAGCCCUGCUCUUUAUGCAUCAUGGAGGCAUCGUCAUGGCUCUGCCUGGGCCUGAGAUGGUGUUCAGGUAUUUGGGUCUCCUCUUGAAUUAUGUUGGUGGUGUGAUGAUAGGGCAGGUAUUGCUUGGCUAUCAUAGCUCGUACCCAGAAUACUAUCACAACGCGGCGUUGUGA